AUGGUUAAUUGCGGCCCUACAAUUGGAGGUAAUGGUGGCUCGGAGUUCAAGAGCUUCCGUGAAAGGCCCGUGGAACAGCUGGACGUAUGGUACGGCAAUGGCAGUGGUGACGACUUUAACAAAUAUACUAUCCUGAGAGGUAUCAAAAUCCGUUGGGCCGGCGGUGAACAGAGCCGCGAUAUUGGACAUUGCCCGGAGAAAGAAGAGCGAGGAGUCCUCCAUACAAGUUUCGAUUUUGAGAGAAAUGGCAACGAUCCACUAGAAUGGAUGGAUAUAUACGGCUCAGCUUCGCGGGUUGAUUCACUAAGAUUGGUGACCAAGGACGAGAAGGACCACUUCGAAGCUGGAGGAGUUGGUGGUGACAAAUGCGUUCAACCUGCUAAUGGGGCAGUCUUCGAUCAUUGA